AUGUUAAUUAAAUAUAAUCUAUUAAGUUGUUUAUCAAUUAUAACUAUUAUUAAUGCUGCAAAUUUAGGUGGAUUAGAUGGAAGUGCAAAUAAUAAUAUUGGUGGUGGUAAUAAUAAUGAAGCUUCAACUACAAAUUCUAAUCAAGAUACAACAAUUGUAAAUACUUCAAAUAAUGUUAAUAGUGCUUCAAAUACUCAAAGUCUAGUAAAUACUCAAACUACUCAACAACAACAAUCAGAACAAGUACAAAGUCAAAUUUCUAAUACUAUACAAGGUUCAACUACAAUUUGGUGGACUCCAUCAAGUCAAAAUAUAGGAACUACUACAUCAUCUACUGAUUCAACAAUAAUUAACUCACAAAAUUCACAACAAUCUACAUUAACACAAUCAACACAAUCAAAUACAGUUUCUCAAACUUCACAAACAAACUCAGUCAUAAAUUCAAAUUCAAAUACAAAUUCAGCAACAUUUAAUCAAUGGGGGUUUACAGGUAGUCAAUCAAUUUGGUCAGCACCUACAUUAACAUCAACCAAUUCUCAAUCAAAUUCAAAUUCAAAUUCAAAUUCACAAUCAUCUAGUACUAAUUCAAAUUCAAUAACUCGUUCAAUAAAUAGUACAUCAAAUGGUAUUAAAAUUGAAAUAUUAGGAAAUAUAAAUGAAAAAUCAUUAACUGUUAAAAAAUUAUUAUUAAUUAGUAGUUUAUUAAUUGUUAGCUUAUUAUUUAAUAUUUUAUAG